AUGUCUGCUACGGAGCGCAAACAAAUUUUACGUGUUUUAAAGAAACAGAAGCGGAAAAGAAAGGGAGGGGAAGGUAAUCAAGUAUCAAAGGCUGUAACCGUAGAUAAAUCACAUUCAUCCAAUCUUUCUACUUCAUCCGUCAACAACGAUUGGGAGAAUUGGGUGCAUUUACAUGGUAAAGGAGAUAAGGUGGCAGACGAUGUUAUGUCUUUAGGGAAGGUUGUCGGGGUGAGAUAUCAAUGUGAAACUGUGAAUUCCUUUAACUUGUUGUCGAAGGAGGGGAGGCGAGAGUGGAGGGCAGCGAGUGCAUGCAAUAGGGUGGAUGGAGAAGUGUCGGAGUCUAAGCUGACUAUGGUUAAUGAUUUGGUGGUGAAAUCUUUUUGGGGUGAUACUCUGUUUGGUUAUUCUUAUCAACAAUCGAUUAGGGCCUCUGGUGGUUUGGUUACUGUGUGGGAUGAGUCUCGCAUUGUGGUUUUCUCUUCUAUGAGACUUGAUCAUGUGUUAAUAAUUAAAGGUAAGCGACUUCUGUUUGUGUGUGUGUGUGGAGAUUUUAACUCUGUUCGAAGUGUUGAUGAGAGGAAAGGUAGAGGUGAUGUUUUUAGGCAGGGUGAUGCUGACAUUUUUAAUAUGUUUAUUCAUGAUAGUUUACUGAUUGACUUACCUAUCUGUGGCCGGUUGUUCACGUGGUACCGUGGUGAUGGUGUAUCCAUGAGUAGAUUGGAUAGGUUUCUGUUGUCUAACAAGUGGUGUGAGAAAUGGCCAAAUUGUGUUCAGGUUGCUUAUCAGCGUGGCCUUUCUGAUCAUGUUCCUGUUUUGCUUUAUACUGAUGAUACUAAUUGGGGACCUCAUUUUGUUCGCGAUAAAUGGGGAUCCUUUUCGUGUCAUGGUUGGGGCGGCUUUGUUUUAAAACAGAAGCUGAAGAUGAUGAAAGCAAGCCUGAUGGUCUGGCAUCAGCAACGCUGUCAGAAUUUGGAAGGUAGGAUGACGGAGGUUAAAAAUAAAAUAGCGGUCUUGGAUGAAAAGGGGGAGGUGGCUACGUUGUUAGAAGAAGAGGAAGGGGAUGCAAACUCCAAAAAAUUUCAUGGGUGUAUGUCUAGGCGGAGAUGUAAAAAUGCUAUCAAUUUUUUGUAUGUUGAAGGUGUUAGUGUGGAUGGGGUGCAUAACAUUCGUGCGGCGGUCUUCAAUCAUUUUGCUUCGCAUUUUAAGGUUGUUGAAGCAAAUCGACCAGCAAUUGGUUGUCUUCCUUUUCGUAGGUUAUCAUAUGGCGAGGCAGGUAUGUUAACAAAACCUUUUUCUCCUGAGGAAGUCAAGCAGGCUGUAUGGGACUGUGACAGCUUCAAGAGCCCGGGACCUGAUGGUGUCAAUUUUGGCUUUAACAAAGAAUUUUGGGACAUAUUAAAGGAUGACUUUUUGAGAUUUAUGGUGGAGUUUCAUCGAAAUGGAAAGUUGACAAAAGGUUUAAAUUCUACUUUUAUUCAUUUAAUUCCUAAGGUGAAUAGUCCGCAACGGCUUAAUGAUUUUCGGCCUAUCUCCUUGGUUGGUUGUCUGUAUAAGGUGUUAGCUAAAGUUCUGGCUAAUAGGCUUAAAUCAGUUUUGGGUAGUGUGGUUUCUGAGUCUCAAUCUGCUUUUAUUAAAGGGAAACAAAUUUUAGAUGGAAUUUUAAUAGCGAAUGAGGCGGUUGUUGAAGCUAAACGGUUGAAUAAGGAGUUGCUCUUGUUCAAAGUUGAUUUCAAAAAAGCGUAUGAUUCCGUGGAUUUAAGGUAUCUGGAUUCUGUUAUGGCUAGUAUGAAUUUUCCAACUAUUUGGAGAAAAUGGAUUUCGAAAUGUGUUGGCACGGCAACAACGUCAGUGUUAGUGAAUGGUUGUCCAACGGAGGAGUUUCCUAUUGAGCGGGGUCUUCGUCAAGGUGACCCUUUAUCGCCAUUUCUUUUCUUAUUGGCUGCUGAAGGAUUUAAUGUGAUUAUGAAUGCGGCUGUGGGGCACAAAAAUUUAGCGGGUGUGCAGUAG